GUUUCUAUCGCUUGCAGGAUCAUCAAAGUCUUCAUUCAUUCGCUUCAGAUUCCAGAUACCACACUCAUUCCACAUCUCGCUACACUUACACAAUCUUCAAGAUGCAUUACCAAAAUCUUCUCAUCGCUGCGCUCGCCAUCGCAGCUCCCCUUUCUCUCGCCCUUCCUCUUGCAGAACCCGAGCCUGCAAAAGGCGCUCCGGCCACAACUAAAUUACCCGAAAACCAAAACAUCUACGCCAAACCUACUUGGCUUUCUAUUCCUAUCAUUGACCCUACUAAACUCUCGAUCUUUCCUACUCCUGCUCCUACGCAAAAGCCAGAACCUGUUACCACGAAAGGUGAGCAACAGGAUGGACAGGACCAUGCUACUAAGACGGUGAAGGGGGGCGAAGGAGGGCCGGCGCAGAGCAGUCAGAUUUCUGCUACGCAUGCUCCUGAGAAGCCAGAGGCCAAGGGAAAGGGAAAGGGAAAGGGAAAGGGAAAAGGCCAGAGGGAUGUUGAGCAAUUAGAGAAUAGGGAUGUUGAAGAUUUGGAUUUGGAUUUGGAGAUAGAGGGAAGAUUCGUGGGUAUGAGAGUUGAAUUGGAGGGGAGAGCUGAAAGUGGAAAGUCCACAGGAGGUUUUACUAGAAAACCUGAUCCGGCACCUGCACCUACCACAACUGCGAAACAAACGCAGAAUUUUACUGGUCACCCAGAUACUGAGCGGGCUCAAACCGCUACAGCCAAACCAACUCAGCGCUUCGGCGGCAAACCCGAUGGACCAGAACCAACUGCCACCGGAAAACCAACUCAACACUUUACUGAAAAGCCAGAUACACCACCUACAAAAAUAAUCAAAACUAUGGAACCUGUAAAUACCUCUAUUGUUUUCACUGAUAAACCAGAAGAAGACCCAAGAACAUUCACCACCAUGUACAUUAAUGGCGGUCAGGCUACCCCAAGUUCUGUUCUCGUCAAUUCCUAUGGACCGGUUAGUAGCAUUGCUGUUGUGGUUCCUGUGCCAAUUGGUACCGGAAAGCCUGCUGGCGGGAGAGGAUCUUAGGCCUUCUCGUUCGAGGAGAGUGCGUUUCUUAGGGUUAUGUAAUGGGGGAGGAGUUUGUUGUACAGAUGAGCGUGGGGAGAAGGGAUGGAGAGGUGGUAUUGCAGGUCUUGGAGGGCAUUUUCUUUUGUUUUCGUACUGAUUUCGGUUUUUGAUAUGAAGAAGUGAUUGAAGGAUAUAAUUUCGAGGAUUAAUUGAUUCUGCUGAGUGGAUAUAAAUGUUAAGAAAGAUAGAUGUAAAAUAUGAAAAUUAUGUUGGGGAUACAUUACUAGCCCAUUUUAUUGCGUAUGUUGACUUUACAAUGGAUACACGAAGCA